GCCAAUAGGCGAGCAGGGGGCGUGGCUUGUGUGUAGCACGCGAAGCUGUUGUUUGACAACCGAACCGGUGUGUGUCAGCGGCGCCAGUCUGAAGAUGGCAACUCCGAAGAGAGUGUGUAUCGUCGGCUCAGGCAACUGGGGUUCUGCCAUUGCUAAGAUCGUCGGGCUGAACGCAGGACGGAACCCGAAGUUUGACUCUGCAGUGAGGAUGUGGGUGUUUGAGGAGAUGGUGGACGGGCGGAAGCUCACAGAGAUCAUUAACACAGAGCACGAGAACGUUAAAUACCUGCCAGGACGCAGACUGCCGGAGAACGUGGUAGCGGUGGCGGAUCUCAUCGAGGCUGUCAGCGGUGCGGACAUUCUGCUCUUUGUGAUCCCUCAUCAGUUUAUCAGCCGAGUGUGUGACACAAUACGAGGAAAGAUUAAACAAGACGCUUUGGGAAUGUCACUUAUCAAGGGGGUGGAUGAGGGUCCUGAUGGGCUGAAGCUGAUCUCGGAGGUGAUUCGGGAGAAGUUAGGCAUUAGCGUGAGCGUGCUAAUGGGAGCAAACAUCGCUAACGAAGUGGCAGACGAGAAAUUCUGUGAGACUACCAUCGGCUCUAAGGACAAGACCCAUGGAGCUUUACUGAAGGAGCUGAUGCAGACAGAUCACUUCCGGGUCACAGUAGUGGAGGAAGCGGACGUGGUGGAGAUCUGUGGAGCUCUGAAGAAUAUCGUGGCAGUGGGCGCAGGAUUCUGUGAUGGCUUGGGUUUUGGUGACAACACGAAGGCGGCUGUGAUUAGACUCGGCCUGAUGGAGAUGAUCGCAUUUGCGCGACUUUUCUGCUCCACCGGUCCUGUUUCCUCAGAAACCUUCCUGGAGAGCUGCGGCGUCGCUGAUCUCAUCACAACAUGCUACGGAGGACGCAACCGCCGCGUAGCCGAGGCCUUCGCCAAGACCCGGAGGUCUCUGGAGGAGCUGGAGAAGGAGAUGUUGAAUGGUCAGAAGCUGCAGGGUCCAGCCACAGCUGCUGAGGUCCACGUUAUCCUCAAAAACAAAAACCUUCUGGACAAAUUCCCGUUGUUUAAUGCAGUGUAUGAGAUAUGCUAUGAGGGUCGUCCCGUUACAGACUUCAUCAGCCUGUUAAAGAAUCAUCCAGCUCAUCUGUGAGAGACAUGACGUGUGUGUGUGUGUGUGUGUGUGUGUGAGAGAGAGAGAGAGAGAGAGAGAGGGCACAAGUGUGAAGGAGAGGGUGUGUGUCAUUACAUUGCUGAUGUUUUGCAUCCAGUGUCUUCCAUUACUAGUACUGUAACAGUGCAUUGACAGUGUACAUGAUUGCGCUGCUGGUUUUUUCUUUUUUUUUUUUUUCCAUUUUUUGCCAAAGGAGCUUACGUUGCAGUUGUGCGUUACAAAAUCAGUUCAUUUUAUAUAAACAUAUACGUCUUAAAAUUACAUGGAUGUCAGCAGCUUUUUUAUGCACCGGUGUAGAUGUGAUUUAAUGUUUAAGCAUUAUCGGUGACAGCUGGUUAUGAUAUUGAAUGAGAGGGCAAAAAUAAUGCUGCAUUCGACUAAAGGUCAUAACUCCAGCUACAAACCAAAGAGAACGCCCCUCAACUCGGGAUGGUCUGCUCAACCCCGAGUUCAGCAAAUCAAAAUGGCUGCUCAAAGUAGCACUUCUUCCCUUUAAACGAGUUAUACUGUGUAUACAAGUAUCUACUUUAGAUCAAUCAAUGUAUGGACAAAUUCACUUGUUAAAUCUGUAAUGCUGAUUAUACAGCUGUUUUGAGGAGGUAAAUAUACAUCACGCAUUACAGUUAGCUAGCCUGGAGCUAACAAAAGACAAACAUGGAGGCAUCAUGUUUUUUUCAUGAGGUCAGAAAUGGUGUACUUUCGAGUUCAGACUUCCCUGUUCCGAGUUGCAGCAUACAUUCUACUGUCAGUAACUCGCCAUUAUAAUUAUUAAUAUAAAAACCAUGAAGAAUGAGAUUUCUAGCAUCUCAGAAAUAGAAACUAUUACUCUCAUACAGGAAAGGACACACACUCAUUGAAAGACAGACAGGCAGCAUGACGCAUGUCUUCGAAAUAACUAGCACAGCUAACAGAGAAGCUAAAGCUUUUGUUCAAACCAGGGAACUCAGAACAUUGGUGUAAUUUGUACUUUGAUCGGAUAAAGUUUGAUAGUCUAGUAUUUACUCCUUGUUUCUCUUCUAAAGGCAAAAAAUAAUCAAGAACGUAAUCUACAUUGCUCACGUUCCUUAGAUACGUGACCCUAUUGCACAUGUGCCUUCUCAAUCACUGCCGAGAUUGUGUUACGGAUGAGUCAGCGAAAAAUUAAAUACAUUAGCUCCAGUCAGAUCUAGGGGGCGUGUCACUCUAUGUAGUCACCUGACAUGACGGUCAGUGAUAGGCUGCAUGAAUCUAUGGUCUGGACUAGAAAGAAAUCAGCUCCAGCCUCUACUUCAGUAACAUGGCAAGCUGCAAUUUUUCGUCUUAAGACAAAAAGAGAGAGUGCUGUUUACUGUUUAUAGCUGCUGUAACGUAACUGAUCACACGAACUUGUUUAACAGACGUUCUACAACAUUAAAUGUGACUAUAAAUGGAUAAAAAAGUAUGAUGUGUCAUUCUUUAAUAAAUAAAAAAAUUGUAAAUUGC